AUGGAGUGGUAUACCAUCACAUUUAUACUAUGCCUUUUUGGCGCUUUCAAAGAGUUUCGGCCCAGUGAGUCGUUUAUCAUCAAAUAUUAUAAGGGUCACUGGAAAAACUUCACGGACACACAAUUGAACCAAGAAAUCUUUCCGGUGACAACAUAUUUCUGGCUCGUAUGUUUAGUAUUGGCAUUUUUAUUAGUCGAUAUGGUGAGGUACAAACCUGCAAUUAUACUAUGUGGUCUCUGCGGCGCUGUCACUUAUGUCAUUGUCCUCUUUGGCACAACAAUAUUACAAAUACAAUUAGCCCAGAUUAUUUUUGCAAUAAUGCUGUCAACUGAAGUAGCUUACUAUACUUACAUUUACACCAAAGUUGACAAGAUACGCUACGAAAUGGUCACGGGCUUUACCAGAUGUGCAUUCUUAUUUGGCCGUUUCAUGGCUGGCGUAGUUGCUCAACUGACUACCUCUUAUAAUCUGCUUGAUUACGAACAGCUGCAUUAUCUUACAAUUGGAGCUUGCACCUUAGCUUCAAUAUCGGCAUGUUUUUUGCCGUCAGUCAGUCAGUCAAUAUAUUUUAAUCAGCGAUCUAAGCCUCCUUUUGCAUCUAUUUCAACAAUUUAUCUGGGCGAUAGUUCCAAAGACAUCAGUGACAAUAAAUCACCAUCCGUGAAUUCCGUUGCCUCGAUACCAGCACCUUUAACCUUUGGUGCCAAGUUACGUAAUGCCUACUACCUGCUUUGGUCAGAUUUCCUCAAAGCAUACACCAACAGGCACGUUGUCAAGUGGUCCCUGUGGUGGGCCUUUGCCACCUGUGGUUACAUCCAGGUCGUGCACUACAUACAGUUAUUGUGGAAUCACGUUAAGGAUCUGGAAAAGUUGCCCGGAGAUUACGAGUCGUCUGAAGAAACAGAAAAAAAUGACAUUUACAACGGGGCCAUUGAAGCAACUUACACGAUAAUGAGUGCCGUGAUGGUGGUAGUUAUUGGACAUCUACGCUUAAAUUGGUCCUUGUUGGGCGAGCCGAUUUUGGCAAUAUUUUCGCUUAUCGGUGGCUUACUUUUAGGCGUACUUUGUAUCAGUCACAACAUUUGGAUCAUGUAUGGAGCUUACAUUGCUUUUGGAGUUAUAUAUCAUUCGAUAAUAACAAUUGCCAAUUUCGAAGUUGCAAAGCACUUAUCGCAGGACAGUUACGGACUUAUUUUUGGAAUUAACACAUUUCUUGCUCUAUUGAUCCAAACGAUCCUGACAUUAGUUGUUAUAACAUGGUUGCAAGUAAGCAUAACGACUCAGUUUAUAAUUUACGGAUGCUAUUUCAUAACCCUGGGUUUAAUUUUUGUGGUUAUGAGCAUAUUCACUUUAGUAAAAGUCGUAAGAAGUCAAAAACCAAUAAUAUUUUGUAUCAAAAGUUCUGGAGCAAAUUAA